CAAGUUGCGACGCGCCCAAGACGCGCUUCGGACAAUUGUCGGAAGACGCCGAGAACUCUCAGCUGGCGGCUUCGCUCGAGGCGACCUGGUGCAGGCUGCAGCUACGGUCUCUACUGUUUAAUGAUCGUGAAGUCCUCGUCGCUGUCCUCAAGUGUGAAACAAGGUUCUCCGCGCCGAUUUGCGAGCUCCGUACGGCAGCACAGUACGCCGUACAAUACAUCGGCUUCCAGUGAAGACCUCGUCUCGCGGAGAACGAUCUUGGUUGUCUAUGCAAUCCUACUGGUGUACUGGCUAUCGAAGCGAUGCCGCCCUCUGCAAGUCGCCCUACCCAACGGAGCAUAUGCCACGUCAGCGCGAUUGGUAGGAUGUCUGGCCUUCGGGUUCAUACGGGGUGUCAAGCGACGCCGUCGAUUCCAUUAUCUGGUGUCUCCCACCGUGACAUGGGCAUCUGAGACCAAACACUUCUCGUGUAUCUUUCACUUAUGAGCUUGGUGUGACGCUAUGCGAUGAGGGACGACGAGCUUUGGGCGCUUCAUAUCGGUCUUUAACCGCACCAGCGGCCUUGCCUCACCCACAGUCGUCGACAACCCAAGCGCAUUUGAUCUCCGUGACCCCAUGAAACAAUGGCACGCUCGCCAGCAGCCCGAUCCGCAUACUCAUAUGGAUAGCCAAGACCUCCUUGCAUUAUGAAAAGCUUUUGAGUGCACUUUGUCGAACCGCGACCUCUUU